AUGGGAAAUUGCCAAGCCAUUGAUUCAGCAACACUAGUGAUACAACACCCCAGUGGGAAAGUAGAGAGAUUUUAUUCGCCUGUGAGUGUAAGCAGAGUUAUGAAAACGAACCCUGGUCAUUUUGUUGCUCUCAUAAUCUCCACCACAUUGUGUCCAACCAAGGACAUUGAAAAUUGCCCAAAUAAUAAGAAUGACACAAACACCAACCCAGUUCGGCUAACUCGCAUCAAGCUUCUCAAGUCCACUGAUACACUCGUUCUUGGCCAAGUUUAUAGACUCGUCACAACUCAAGAGGCCAUGAAGGGCCUGAGGGAAAAGAAAAAGAUUAAGCAAAACGUGUCAGAGUCUGCUCAAAACCCAGUUUUGGUGAAGGAAAAACUCGGGUUGGAGAAUGAAAAUGCAGCAAGGAGGUCUGACCCAGAGGAAAACCAGGAAACCAAACCUGAAAGACCUCGACCAAGGACAACGGCAUCAACUAAUAGUGUUGCGAGUGCUACAGCUAAGACAAGAUUUUGGCAACCCUCUUUACAAAGCAUCUCAGAGGCUGCCAGCUGA